AUGCGGAAAAAGACUGCCAAAUUGGAUGAAAUCACUGACUGGAUCUUGGGCCUUUGGGCUCUUGCAGCGUGUUUCACACCUGGUGAGAGUCAAAGAGGCCCCAGGGGACCAUAUCCACCUGGACCACUGGCUCCUCCUCCUCCUCCACCACCUUUUCCUUUUGGAACAGGAUUUGUUCCACCACCCCAUCCUCCACCCUAUGGUCCAGGGAGAUUUCUACCACCCCUUUCUCCACCCUAUGGUCCAGGGAGAAUCCCACCAACCCCUCCUCCACCCUAUGGUCCAGGGAGAAUUCAAUCACACCCUCUUCCUCCUCCUUAUGGCCCAGGUUAUCCACAGCCACCUUCCCAACCAAGACCCUAUCCACCUGGACCUCCAUUUUUCCCUGUAAAUUCUCCAACUGAUCCUGCCCUCCCUACUCCUGCACCCUAAAUACAGACAAC